AUGGCGGCGUUCUGGAACUCGACCGUCGUGUUCCCCAAUCACACCUCGACCCAGACCUACCUCGGCGUGCUCGACGACGUCAACAAGUACAAUGUCCAGCUCAACAUCGUCGAACGUCUCUGGGCCGCCUGGUACCUGUGGAUGCAGAACGACAUCCUCGCCACCGGCAUCAUGACCUUUGUCAUGCACGAGGUCGUCUACUUUGGCCGCAGUUUGCCGUGGAUCAUCAUCGACGCGAUCCCUUACUUCCGCAGGUGGAAGCUUCAACAGCAAAAGAUCCCGACCUGGAAAGAACAGUUCGAAUGCGCCGCCCUCGUCCUCUUCAGCCACUUCACCGUCGAGCUCCCACAGAUCUGGCUCUUUCACCCCAUCGCCACCUGGUGCGGUCUCGACUACGCCGUGCCCUUCCCUCCCUGGUGGAAGAUGGCCUACCAGAUCGCCGUCUUCUUCGUCCUCGAAGACACAUGGCACUAUUGGGUGCACCGCGGCGCCCACUGGCCGCCGCUGUACAAGGCCGUCCACAAGAUGCACCACUACUACUCGGCGCCCUUUGGCAUGACGGCCGAGUACGCCUCCCCGAUCGAGGUCAUGUUCCUCGGCCUUGGCACCGUCGGCUCGCCCGUCCUCUGGGUUCUCAUCACCAAGGACCUGCACCUGUUCACCAUGUACAUGUGGAUCGUCCUACGCCUGUUCCAGGCCAUCGAUAGCCACUCGGGCUACGACUUCCCCUGGUCCUUGCGGCACUUCCUCCCCUUUUGGGCCGGCGCCAGUCACCACGAUGUCCACCACGAAAAGUUCAUCGGCAACUAUGCUUCGAGCUUCACCUGGUGGGACUGGCUCAUGGAUACCGAGGCCGGCGCCGAAGCCCACCAACGCCGGCGCGAGAAGAGGCUGGCCAAAGCCAAGAAGGCUCAGUGA